AUGGUACCAACCAGACCAACCAGACCAGAGGCGGUGAUCUUAUCCGAUUCCUUAGCAGUAAUCACUGCUCUGGAGACGGGAAGAUCCAGACACCCAUUUGUCCAGGCGAUCGAGGAAAACUGUGGCAGAAACGUCACAGUAUGCUGGAUUCCUGGAUAUAGCGGGAUCCCGGGUAACGAAGAGGCAGACUUACUCGCGGCUAUGGGCAGAAAAAGCCUUCGGAUUAGAUCCGCAGUCCCGUCAACCGACAUUCGAACUAAGCUCACGGAUAACUUCGUACGACACUGGCGAUCAUCCGGGGGCCUCCUGCUCAAGAUCAAGGGGGAUCUGUCCAAAUGGACAGAUCGCACCGACCGCCGGGAACAACGAGUCCUGUCACCGCUACGCACGGGUCACACACGUCUCACCCAUCAGCAUUACGUCUCGAGGCAUCCACCAACUAUGUGCUCCACCUGCAGCACUAUGGAGCACAUACUAGUCAACUGCCCGGAAUUGCACAACCUCCAGUAA